AUGUGGCCUAUUCACCCGCUUUCUGCCUUUACCUUGGGCCUAGCCCUAACUACAGCAUCCUCUGCUUCCCCCGUCAAGGCGCAAGGGGGAGCGCCUUGGCUAGCUAUCAACUCCAAUUUCCCCGACCCCAGCUUUGUCAGGGGUGGAGAUGGACUCUGGUAUGCCUUUGGUACCAACGGGAAUGGCAAACGUGUCCAGGUUGCCGUGUCUCACGACUUCGUAUCGUGGGAUCUCUUGGAUAUCGAGGCACUCCCUCAGUUAGCGCCCUGGGAGACUGAGAUAGAUCACUGGGCUCCGGAUGUUAUACAACGAGAUGACGGAAGAUACGUCAUGUAUUACUCCGGCGAAGCCAAAGAAAUGGUAAGACACCACUGCGUCGGCGUCGCAGUCUCCAAAGACACAGACCCCAGGGGCCCAUACAUCCCCAACCCCGAGCCGCUAUCGUGCCGACUAGACCAAGGCGGAUCCAUCGACCCGUCGGGCUUCCUGGACAAAGACGGCACGCGGUACGUGGUAUUCAAAGUCGACGGCAACAGCAUCGGAAACGGCGGCGACUGCAACAACGGCAUUGCACCGCUCAAGCCCACCCCGAUCCUGCUUCAACCGGUCGCUCCCGACGGGUUCACUCCUGUCGGGGAGGCCGUGCAGAUCCUCGACCGCGACGACGCCGACGGACCGCUCGUGGAGGCCCCCAAUCUGAUCUUGCACGGGGACACUUAUUUCCUGUUUUACUCGACCCACUGCUUCACCGACCCGCGGUAUGAUGUGCGGUAUGCGACGUCCAAGUCCAUCACGGGUCCCUAUGUGAAGACCGGCGCGAAGCUGCUGCAGUCUGGGAACUUUGGCUUGACCUCGCCUGGUGGGGGCACGGUGUGUGGCUGUGGAGAUAGGAUUCUUUUCCAUGGGUUCUGUGGUACUGAUACGCGGUGCACUUAUGCUGCGAAUCUCAGUAUUGAGGGGGAUCGGGUGGUUUUGGUGUAA